UUCUGAGGAUGCGCGUGCGUGUUUUAUUUCCUAUCAAUUUCCUUUGAAAACAUGCAAACAAAUUUCUUUGAGAUAGAUUUUACGCGAAGUACUCUUCAAAGAACAUUAGAAAGAGAAGCAUGACUUUUUGGGAGCAACUGCAAUCAUUGCAAGGCGAUGGUCAAGCGAAGAUUGGCGAGCUUUUGGGCAAAUAUUCGUUAGAGCUUGAAGUACAAUCUCAUUUGGCCGCUUGGCUUGAAAAUCAACCUUGGAGUGAUGCUGUUGAUAGCAAUGUACCUGAACAAGAACAAAAAGCAAAGGAGCUCUUACAAAGUCUUGUUGAGGCUCUUAGACAGAAGUCCAAACAGGUGGAAAAUGUUGGCAGACCAUUGGAAGCCAUGAUAUUGGUGAAUAAACUUAAAGAAACUGCAAACAAUGUUGAGAUGAAAUAUAGAAAUAAUGUGACUAGUCUUGCUAUCACAAUACAGCAACUUCUUUUUGAAGAAUCACAGUUAUUAAUGGCUCAGGAACAAUUAGUCAAUGGGAUGGAUGGAACGGAGGAGGCUCGACAAUCUGAGUUUAUUGCAAAUGUACUUUCACAAAAUUCUCAGGAAAUGGAGAAUGCUGUAAAGAGUUUGGAACAAGAGAAAGAAAGUUAUGUCAUUCAGUUUGAGGAAACAAGAAAUAAAAUUGUUGUCUUGGAAGGAAAGUAUAGAGAGCUUCAAAAUAGCUCUUUAGCUGAUUCAACCAAGGAAGAAAGUCUUCAGCGUUGUCGAGGGGAUAUGGAGAAACUUUGGGCCGCCAUCAAGCUACAUGCUGAAGAACUACUUUCUUGUCGAAAUGAAACUAUUGAGAAGCUGAAAGUUCAACUGGAACACUUUCAAGAGUAUCAGAAAAGUAUAUUAACUGAGAUUUGCAAUUGGAAAUAUCAGCAAAAAUUGGCUCAUUGUGGUUAUCCUGAACCUGGAACUUUGGACGAAGUAAAGAAACAUUGUGAAGCUCUGGCCGAACUUGAAUGGCGUGGAUACACACAUACAUCACAGGUUGAGAAUCUUUUUCUACAAGUGUUGCAAAACAAUCCAAUGGAACUCAAUAGAAUGACAGAACUAAAGAACGCGUAUAAAAAUCUUCUUACUCAGCUUAUUCAGGGUGCUUUCAUUAUUGAAAAACAGCCACCACAGGUGUUAAAAACUCAGACAAAAUUCACGUCAACUGUGAGACAUCUUAUCGGCAGCAAGUUGAACAUGCAAAUGAGCAAACCUGAAGUCACAGCGACAAUAAUUACGGAAAGACAAGCUGAGGAAUUGCACAGAACAGGAACCUGGAAAUCUCAAGGUCAAGAUGAAAUUCUCAAUAAUAAAAAAGUAAUGGAAUAUGUUUUGGAGAAAGAUUCAGUUGUCGCGGAGUUUAAAAAUAUGUCUUUAAAGAAAGUGUGCCGGCAAGGGAAAAAGAAUACAGAGCGUGUCAUGGACGAAAAGUCAACUUUGGUUUUUCAAGCUCAGCUUCACAUUGGAGGAGAAAAGUUUUCUGUAAUGCAACUUUCGUUACCAGUCUCAGUCAUUGUUCACGGCAAUCAACAACCAGAGGCUGAGGGAACUAUUUUCUGGGAUAAUGCAUUCUCUGUUAUUGAACGAGUUCCUUUUGAAGUAUGUGAAGUGGUUACAUGGUUACAAUUUACGCUGGCUUUAAAUAUGCGUUGGACAAUGGCGAAUGGUCAUCCUCUGAAUGAUAAUCAUCUUGAUUAUCUUGCGUCCAAGCUGUAUGGUGAUAAACCAAUGCUGGAAGGUUACAGCAAUCACCAGCUGAAGAAAGAACAUUUUAAUAAGGACAACUUACCGGAUAGACAGUUUUCGUUUUGGAUAUGGUUCUACUCUAUUCUGGAUCUGGUCAAAAAGAACUUUCCUCAGGAAUGGCAGGAAGGCCUUGUUUUGGGAUUCAUCAGUAAAGAUGAAGCAAGAGAGAUUUUACUUCAAAAACCUGUCGGAACCUUCCUGCUACGAUUCAGUGAUGGAAUUCUUGGUGGAAUAUCUGUCGCUUACGUUCUUCUGAAUGAGCAAGGCAUGCUUGAUGUUUGGAAUAUUGAACCGUGGAGCUAUAAAGAUCUGGGACGUCGAAAUUUAUCCGAUCGUAUCAAGGACUUGGAAGAACUACAGUAUUUAUAUCCAGACGUACCCAAAGAUGACGCUUUUGGAAAAUUUUAUACUAAAAUCGAAGAACGACCUCACGAUAGUCCCUUUGAUUACGUCAAAUCUAAUUUGACCUGUAACGUUCCAAGAGCACAUCGACAACAAAGGAAUGGUAUUGGGUCCCCUAUGCCCAUGGUGGGUAGUCCUGACUCCUUUAUGGAUCCAAAUUCACCGUUAGCAUAAUUUUUUUUCUUUCAAAACAGAGUGAAACUUUUCUGUCGGUUAGCUUAGCAAAGGGCAUAGACAAUCAAAAUAGUACUACAGCAAAAAUCGACUUCACCUCCAUCGUGUUUCCGGAUAUUCAAGAUAUUGAAGGUGUGAUGGACAUAAACCUUGAUCAAAUUAUGGAGAAUUUAAAUGUGGCUACCUGACGAACUUACUUACAAUAAAGAUGAUAACUGGUGUUCUCCCUUGUUCCCAGCAACAAGCCACGUGCCAUGUAAAAUUAUUUUAAAAGCUGGUCUUCUAUAUUUCGUCGCUUGCAUUACCAGCACGCUCUUAUACGUAGUAAUUAAGUAAACUAAAUUUUAGUGAAUACCUGUUUUUUAUUUAUGUAUCAUUUUUGAAGCCAAAAUAAUCAAUGUAGCUGAAAUUUUGUUUUAAUUAAAAUCUUUUACACUAAA